GCAUGCGCCACGGAGAGGCCUGGCUCCUCAGUUCGCCCGUUGAAUCAUCGUAGGUCGGUCAGUCAGUCGGUCGGCGUGUGGGAGGGGAGAGCCAGACGAGCCAGCGAUCUGCGCGCCUGCCUGCCUGCAACGGUGGUGGCGUCGGCGUCGGAAUCAGUGAACCCGGAGCAGUAGCAGCAGUAGCGGCGUCGUCCUCGGAGCGGGGCGAGCGCCGGAGGUAGAGAGUGUGUUUCCACCGCCGCCAUUUCUGUCAGCCCGGACUCAUGAUUCCCAUAUGCCCGGUAGUCUCUUUCACCUAUGUGCCCAGCCGGCUGGGGGAAGAUGCCAAAAUGGCCACCGGCAACUACUUCGGGUUCACCCACACCGGGGCUGCUGCCCAGUACAGCCAGCAGCCAGCUUCAGGUGUAGCCUAUUCCCAUCCAACUACAGUUGCAAGCUACACUGUCCAUCAGGCUCCUGUAGCUGCACACACAGUUACUGCUGCCUAUGCCCCAGCAGCAGCCACGGUUGCAGUGGCAAGGCCUGCUCCAGUGGCCGUUGCAGCUGCUGCAACAGCGGCAGCCUAUGGAGGUUACCCAACGGCACAUACAGCAACAGACUAUGGUUAUACACAGAGACAGCAAGAAGCUCCCCCACCACCGCCACCAGUCACUACACAAAAUUACCAGGACACCUAUUCAUAUGUUAGAUCUACUGCCCCAGCUGUAGCUUAUGACAGCAAGCAAUACUAUCAGCAACCCACAGCCACUGCAGCUGCAGUGGCAGCUGCUGCCCAGCCACAGCCUUCUGUGGCUGAAUCAUAUUACCAAACAGCUCCAAAAGCUGGCUAUAGCCAAGGAGCAACUCAGUAUACUCAAGCCCAGCAAACUCGACAAGUGACAGCCAUAAAACCAGCCACUCCAAGCCCAGCUACUACUACUUUCUCCAUAUAUCCUGUAUCUUCCACUGUGCAACCAGUUGCAGCAGCAGCUACCGUUGUUCCCUCGUAUACCCAAAGUGCUACAUACAGUACAACAGCAGUUACUUAUUCUGGUACAUCGUAUUCUGGCUAUGAGGCUGCAGUAUAUUCAGCUGCAUCAUCUUACUAUCAACAGCAGCAGCAGCAGCAGAAACAGGCGGCGGCAGCAGCUGCUGCUGCUGCUGCAACAGCCGCCUGGACAGGGACCACCUUCACUAAAAAGGCACCAUUCCAAAAUAAACAGUUGAAACCAAAACAGCCUCCCAAACCACCCCAGAUCCACUAUUGUGAUGUUUGUAAGAUCAGCUGUGCUGGACCACAGACUUACAAAGAACAUUUGGAGGGACAGAAACAUAAAAAGAAAGAAGCCGCAUUGAAAGCAUCACAGAACACAACCAGCAACAGUUCAUCUGCUCGUGGGACUCAGAACCAGCUGCGUUGUGAACUCUGUGAUGUGUCUUGCACAGGAGCUGAUGCCUAUGCUGCUCAUAUUCGUGGAGCAAAACAUCAAAAAGUGGUUAAGCUUCAUACUAAACUUGGCAAACCCAUUCCUUCAACUGAACCAAACGUCGUGACCCAGGCUACGUCUGCAACAUCUGCUUCCAAACCAACUGCUGUCUCUUCGAACAUUGCAACUAACAGCAGCACUGUGAAUUCUUCUGUUUCAUCUUUGGCAGUGAAAAUUCUUACUCCUUCUGCCAAUGUGCUACUUAGCACAACAUCCAACAACAAAGCAACAAUGGUUCCAGCUAAUGUUGCUGUAAAGAAAAUAUCCACACCCAAAAUUAACUUCGUUGGUGGUAACAAGCUACAGACAACAGGAAGCAAAGUGGAUGAAUUGAAAGCAGUAGAAAAUAUCAAAACUACUCCUUCUAUUGCUACAGUGCAAACACAGGAAAUUAAGCCAGAUAUGUCUGCUGAAUCGGUAACAUCUACAGCUCUUGCUGCUCUGCAAAGUGAGGUCCAACCAGUGGGUCAUGACUAUGUUGAAGAGGUACGGAAUGAUGAAGGGAAGGUUAUUCGUUUCCAUUGCAAACUUUGUGAAUGCAGUUUUAAUGAUCCUAAUGCCAAGGAGAUGCAUUUAAAAGGAAGGCGGCAUAGAUUACAAUAUAAGAAAAAAGUAAACCCAGACUUGCAAGUAGAAGUGAAGCCGAGCAUCCGGGCAAGGAAGAUCCAGGAAGAAAAGAUGAGGAAGCAGAUGCAGAAAGAAGAAUAUUGGAGAAGACGUGAAGAGGAGGAACGGUGGAGAAUGGAAAUGAGACGCUAUGAGGAGGACAUGUACUGGAGGAGGAUGGAAGAAGAGCAGCAUCAUUGGGAUGACCGCCACAGAAUACCUGAUGGAGGAUAUCCUCAUGGACCUCCAGGACCUCUUGGACUACUUGGUGUUAGACCAGGAAUGCCACCACAGCCCCAGGGACCAGCUCCUCUUCGUCGACCAGAUUCUUCAGAUGACCGUUACGUAAUGACCAAACAUGCUGCUAUCUAUCCAACUGAAGAGGAACUCCAGGCAGUACAGAAAAUAGUUUCUAUCACUGAGCGUGCAUUGAAACUUGUAUCUGAUAAUAUGACUGACAAUGAAAAAAACAAGAGCAAGGAAGGAGAUGAUAAAAAAGAGGGUGGUAAAGACAGGGCUUUGAAAGGAGUCUUACGAGUGGGAGUGUUGGCUAAGGGUUUGCUGCUCCGAGGAGACCGAAAUGUCAACCUUGUCUUGCUGUGUGCUGAGAAACCUACUAAGACAUUGCUGAGUCGCAUUGCUGAAAAUCUGCCCAAGCAACUUGCCGUAAUAAGUCCUGAGAAAUAUGAAAUAAAGUGUGCAGGACAAGAAGCAUCCAUCAUUUUGAAUUCCUGUGUGGAACCUAAAAUGCAAGUGACCAUCACUUUGACAUCACCAGUGAUUCGGGAAGAGAACAUGAGGGAUGGAGAUGUAACCUCGGGUAUGGUGAAAGACCCACCGGACGUCUUGGACAGGCAAAAAUGCCUUGACGCUCUGGCUGCUCUACGCCACGCUAAGUGGUUCCAGGCUAGAGCUAAUGGUCUGCAGUCGUGUGUCAUUAUCAUACGUAUUCUUCGAGAUCUCUGUCAGAGAGUUCCCACUUGGUCUGACUUUCCAAGCUGGGCAAUGGAAUUAUUAGUAGAGAAGGCAAUUAGCAGCGCUACUGGACCACAAAGCCCGGGAGAUGCCUUAAGAAGAGUGUUUGAGUGUAUAUCUUCAGGAAUUAUCCUUAAAGGUGGUCCUGGCCUUUUGGAUCCCUGUGAAAAAGAUCCUUUUGAUACACUUGCUUUAAUGACAGAUCAGCAACGGGAAGACAUUACUUCAAGUGCACAGUUCGCAUUGAGACUUCUUGCAUUCCGUCAAAUACACAAAGUUUUAGGAAUGGAUCCCUUGCCCCAGAUGAACCAGCGCUUCAAUAUUCACAACAAUCGUAAAAGGAGAAGGGACAGUGAUGGAGUUGAUGGCUUUGAAGCUGAGGGGAAGAAAGACAAGAAAGAUUAUGAUAACUUUUAAAAAAAGAAAAGAAAUCUCUGGUGUUAACAGAGGCCAUUUGUUCUCAGAUUUUUUUCUCAAUGUCUGUUAAAUACAUCCAAAAAAGUUAGAAAAAUUACUUUUUGUGUGGCAUUCACACCAUUUUUUUUUAGGAUGUGCAGACUAAUUAUAGUAGAAAGAGAUCACAAAUGGAAACUAUUCUGACUUCUAGUGGAUCCCUCAUUGUUUAGUUUCUAACUUCUAAUGUAUGAUUUUUGUUUUCUCUUCUUUACGUUAAGUACAAUGUAUACUUAAAUUCCACUGUAUUUAAUACAGUGUUUUGUGCUUCAGUUGCUUUGUGUAUUUUGCUCCUUUAUUUUGAAUUUUAAGUUACCAUUGACACAAGCUGUAAGUUGCUUUGUAUUAGAAAAUGGUAAAUACAGUCCUUCACUUAAUAUUUUAUAGAAGAACACUUUUUUGUAAAGUGGGUCUGCAAUAUUAUUUCUCCUAAAUGUGAAGCGUUAACACAAACUUAUCCUGCUAUUUAAGUGCUUUCAAUUAAAUGUUUCUGCCAAAUCCAUGGCAUUUGUCUCUUUAGUGAUAUAAUGAUGUACUUAAGACAGAUUUGUGUUACUCUAAUCAGGUUUGUUGUUAGUUAUGCAUUAGCAGUAUAAAUGCUGAACAUACACAGUUUGGAUUUGCUGCAAUUUUAGCAACUGCAUAAUUGAUUUUUAAAAUUGCAUGACUUUGUUUUUAAUAGAAGGGCUUUAAAAAAGUACCAAUUUAGGUUUCAUGCCUAGGUCUUUGUAUGAUUGACUUUGAUAUAGCAAGGCCAAAAAAUAAAUUUCUGAAAUUUUGCCGAAAACAUUAAGAGGGCAUUUUUCCCUUUGGGAAAGAGCUGGCUACUUGUUUUCAGAGAGCUUAUCAGUAUGGAAGCUCUGAAUUAAAAUAAUUGUUUGCUAUAUCAGUGCCUGUGAGAUUGCUCCUUUUGCUAUUUCCUUACCAAAUUAUUCAUUAACUUUCAUUUUAAGUCUACAACCUAAACGUAGAUACCAAUAUUUCUGGAAAUUUGAAGGUUGUAAAAGAAAAUAGCAGAAAAUUAUUUGUGGCCAUAGUGUAUGCUUAUGUCUCCUUCAGACAACUAAAUAUUAUAGCAGUGCUGUAAUUCAGGUCUACAUCUGGCUGUUGAUGUAUGCUCUGGUACACAGAUGUGAUUUGUUACAACACUACAGUGGAAUCUGCAAAUAAAACUAAAAUCUAUUAAAUGACUUAACGUUCAUUAUACACUGGGAACAUACACUUUGCUUUGUCUUUCUGAGUGGAUCAUGCUCGUUUUCAGCACAUUGAUUUAACAUUGGCAACCAGUGGUGUCCAUCCUCCAAUGGAAUAGAUUUCCAAAGUGGCGGAUUCCCUUUCCUCCCUUCCUCCCCCCGUAAAUCUGCUCCAGAUUCAUCCAUCUGAACCAAUUACAAGAAAGGAGAUUCUGACUAAACAUCAGGAAGAACUUUGACAGUAGGCACUGUUCAACAGUGGAACAGACUCCCUCGUGAUGUGGUGGACUUUCCUUCUUUGGAGGUUUUUUUAGCAGAGUUUGGAUGGCCAUCUGUAAUGGAUGCUUUCAUUGAGAUUCCUGCAUUGCAGAGGAUUGAACUAGAUCGCCCUUGAGGUCCCGUCCAACUUAUAAAAUAUUAUUCUGAAGGGUUGAGGGGGACCCUCCAGACAAGAUGGUAGGGGAGGUUGCAGUAAGUGGAAACCCAUGUGAUAUUUAUGUUGCCCAGUGUUCCUAAAAUUUCUUGAGAAAUAGGAAAUUGUAAAUGGUUGAUUGAUUUUAUCAGAGACUGCCAUGUUCUGGUGCUCUUCAAUUUUGGAUAAUUGCAAAUCCUUCAGGCUGUAUUUGUUCUAAAUUUUUAACAUUCAUUAUCGGACACGUAAGUGCAAUAUAUUGAACAAAGGGGGAAGUAUCAAAGCUGAAUCUUUUGAGCCAUUAUGACUUUACCUAAAUUAUUAAAUUUUAUUCUCAUUUAAGUUCUGAUGCAUCAUAUUGGCUAGCAGAUUGUUGUGAGAGUAGUCAGUUUUGGUAGCAUAGAGACUUCAAAUGCUGCUGGUUGUGAUCUGAGUGUAAGGGGACUGGGAUGUUUUUAGAAGAGCACACCUUUUCUAAUCAUGGGGCAUUUUGCUACCCUCCCCCCCCCCAAAAAAAAACACCUGCGGUCACAUAUUUCCAUGUCUUCACAUUUCUCUUUUGGGCCUUCACAUUAUCCUGUGUGCUGCUUCAUCAGCAUUGUGACAGUGGAGGAAAAUCUUUUAAAUGAUUUUUUCCAGCAUUUGUGCACUACAGUAGUACAUGCAGGUUGUAGUGUUUUGUUUUGUUUUAUGCGCAGCAUUUGGAUUUUAGGCCAAAGUUCUGUUUAUUUUUUAACAGAGUAUGCUAAACAUUGGCCCACCAUUUAAGACAGCAAUAAUUAACAGUGCAAUCUGUACAUGACAAUUUGGGGGGAAAUCCCAUUGUGCUUAAUGGGCCUUGUAUUCCUUCCCAUGACUACCGCUCUGGGUAGGCCAGUUGUGCCAGAGGCACUUUAAGUAGGUUGUCACCACACCAGCUUGGGCUCCCUCUACCCCCAGAUGGGAGCAUUUUUGGGAAUCCGAGACAAAUACUUAGGAGGGGAGACUGAAAGCACCCACCCUACCUGAUUGUCCCCUGAGCCCAAUGUGGCUUGUUUUUACUCUGUCAAAACGCCCACAUAUAGCAUGAACCAAGUCAUUUUAGGCCUUGGGGGGCCAGGAAUGUCAACUGAGGGAAUGUACCCAAGACCGCAACAGCCUAGCUUAUGAUGAAAAAGACUGAACAAACAAGAGGAGGCCAAAUGUUGCUUCAAGAAAAUGCAAAAAACCUAUACUGUUGCAUAUACUUACAAAAACUUCUCGUCUCAUGUUCCAUAAUAGAUGGUCAGCUGAGGACUUUGGAGGGCAAAGGACAGUUUGGCAGUGAUCAUUGAAAUUAUUUCUGAUCCAGGUGGGGAGACUGAAACCUUUUGGAGGUUAGGUGAUGGACUAUCAAGGUGUCUACUACUGCAUCUUCCUAUGAAAUGGAGACUAUUCUGUGCUUUGUAUAUUCUAGAGGAGAUGUUCUCUGGUA